AUGGCCCGGAUCCGCUGUCCCUUAGGGAUUGUUCAGGUGUCCCCUGCUGACAUCCACAGGCAUAGCCAUGGCCGCUCUGGCUGCAGGUUCCCAUCAGCUCUGGGCCGGAUUCUUUAUGGCUUUUGCCUGCCCCCUACUGGUCAAAGAAAUAGUUGCAGCCAAGUGUUAGGAUCCAGUCCUUGGGAAUUUGGCUCAAAGCCUGGAUGCAAAGGCCAUGAGGUUCCUGCAGCGGCGGCUGACAGAGAAGGGCUGGCACUCUCCACCCCCCACCCCGUGGGGCGCCUCCUGCUUCCCCAGCUCCUGGGAUUCCGCCUUGUGCUGCUGGCUGCCAGUGGGCCUGGAGUCUAUGGCGAUCAGCAGAGUGAAUUCGUGUGUCACACCCAGCAACUGGGCUGCAAGGCUGCCUGCUUUGAUGCCUUCCACCCCCUCUCCCCGCUGCAUUUCUGGAUCUUCCAGGUCAUCUUGGUGGCUGUACCCAACGUCCUCUACAUGCGUUUCACUCUGUAUCACGUGAUCUGUCACUGGGAAUUAUCAGGAAAGGGGAAGGAGGAAGAGGACACCCUGAUCCAGGGAGGGGAGAGCAGCAGAGAUACCCCAGGGGCUGGAAGCCUCAGGCUGCUGUGGGCUUACGUGGCUCAGCUGGGAGCUCAGCUGGUCCUGGAGGGGACAGCGCCAGGGUUGCAGUACCACCUGUAUGGGUUCCAGAUGCCCAGCUCCUUUGCAUGUGGCCAAGAGCCUUGCCCAUAUAGAUUAACCUGCACCUUUUCCCGCCCCUCGGAGAAGAUCAUCUUUCUAAAAGCCAUUUUUAGAGUCAGUGGGUUCCGUCUCUUGUUCACUCUUUUGGAGAUUGUGCUUCUGGGUCUGGGAAGACUGUGUAAGCCCCUGCGGAACUUCCUGGGUGGGGCCUCUUCCUCCAGCCAUGCCCUGGCCCUGAGCAGCAAAAGGAACCUCCAGCAGACACUGUGA